UAGCUCGUCAAAAGAGAAUAAAAUCCAAGUUUUACUUUAAAUAUUGAAUUUAGAAAAACAUGGAUAUUGCCAAAGCAAUAUUCGGUGAAAGAGACCACGAGGGCUAUGUGGGGAAAGAAGAACAUCAAAAAGUGAUAGAGAGCCAGGUUUCCGAAGAAGUUUACGCGACAGAACUGAUGGAAAACAUGCAUAUUAACAACGAUACUGGCAAAGACAACACUGCAUUUUCGGGAAUUAUAUCAUCAAUGGUUCCCUUAGACUUUUCUGAUCUAAGAAAUGACAUCCACUGUUAUGAUGAAUUUGCGUUUCGUAUUGAAGAAGAAGAGGAAAAGAAAGCAAAACAGACCAAACAACCUUUUAUUGAAAACGAACAACAUCGCCUGAAAUGGAUGUCAUUCUUGGAAUUAUCGCAAAUACCACGAACAGAAAAGCUUCGGAGCAUGAUAAUUAGCGAAGGAUGCCCUCAUAGCAUGAGAAGUCAGUUGUGGCUGCGAUUAAGUUCUGCAAUGCAAAAGAAGUCAAACAGCGAAACGUCUUAUGAAGACAUUUUAAAAACAGCGAAUAAUGACUCUUUGAUGACUUCGAAACAAAUAGAACGCGAUCUUUUACGUAUUCUGCCAACUAACGCUUGCUUUAGCACAUUAAGUGGACCAGGAAUUGGUCGACUUAGACGCAUUUUAAGAGCCAUUUCUUUCUUGUACCCGGACAUAGGAUAUUGUCAAGGCACCGGUGUCAUUGUAGCUUCAUUGUUGCUUAUUAUGGACGAAGAAAGUGCAUUUUGGAUGAUGACUUCUAUCAUAGAAGAUUUGCUUCCACCAUCUUACUAUACUUCGACUCUUAUUGGUGUUCAAGCAGAUCAAAAAGUUUUGGAAACCAUCAUCUCAGAUUAUCUCUCUGGAGUGGGAAACAUUUUGAAAAGUCACGACAUUGAACUUUCUCUUUUGACGUUACAGUGGUUUUUAACUAUAUUUUCCAAUUGCGUACAAUUCAAAGUUUUACUACGAAUAUGGGACUGGUUCUUUUUCGAUGGUUCCAUCGUUUUGUUCCAAAUAACGUUAGGUUUGCUGAAAAUAAAAGAAAAAGACUUGGAAAAUUUGGAAAACUCAGCACAAAUAUUCAAUGCAUUAUCUGACCUUCCUGGAGAAAUAGAUGAUGUUGACGACUUAUUUCGAACAGCAAUGGAAGUCGGUGGCUCUUUAACAACACAACUGAUAGAAAGACACAGAAGGAGACACUUGGCGUACUUAAUGGCUGAUCAAGGUUGUUUGGUGGGCAAUCCGGAAAAUGUUAAUAAUUUGCCUAAACAAAGAUUGGUGAAACGCCAGUUAAAGAAAAAUAAAUCUAAUAUGCUGCAGUAUUUGUUUGGUAGUGAAGUCAGAGCUGAGGAAGACAUAAAGUCGAAAAAUAUAAAAACUACUGAACUUUUAGUUGAUCUUAGGUCAGCGAAUUUAAAAAUUUGUCAACAUUUCAUAACAAUCGAACCAAAACUGAGCACUUGUAUCAAAACCGUUCCAGAUUAUUCAUUAGAAAGUCAUAGAAUAGAUCAUGAAAACUACAUAAAUGUAUCUCGUAAUAGGAAACGUCGUGCAAAGGCUCUUCUUGACUUUGAAAGAAACGACGACGAUGAGUUAGGAUUUAGAAAAAACGAUAUAAUUACAAUUAUUUCGCAAAAAGACGAACAUUGUUGGGUAGGAGAGCUAAAUGGUUUAAAGGGUUGGUUUCCAGCUAAGUUUGUAGAGCUGCUGGAUGAAAGGAGUAAAACUUUUUCGUACGCUGGUGAUGAUGCCAUUUCAGAAAAUGUACAAGAUCUUGUUCGAGGUACCCUUUGUCCAAGUUUGAAGCAAAUAUUUGAGCAUGGUAUGAAACGACCGAGUUUCUUGGGGGGUCCAUGUCAUCCGUGGAUGUUCAUUGAAGAAGCUGCUACACGACAAGUUGAAAAGGAUUUUAAUUCAGUUUAUAGUAGGCUCGUUCUAUGUAAAACAUAUAGAUUGGAUGAGGAUGGAAAGGUUUUAACGCCAGAAGAAUUGCUGUUUCGUUCGAUUCAAGCAAUCAAUCAAACCCACGAUUCAGCCAUGGAUGUAAAGUUUCGUUCCCUCAUUUGUCUGGGUUUGAAUGAACAAGUCCUUCAUUUGUGGAUUGAGUGCUUAUGUAAUUGCGUAGAAGUAGUAAAUCGAUGGUAUGAGCCCUCAAGUUUUAUUUCAUCGCCAGGUUGGGUUCAAAUAAAAUGUGAAUUAAGGCUGUUGUCACAGUUCGCGUUCAAUUUAAGCUCAGAAUGGGAGUUACUGCCGAAAAAAGAUUCAGCAAAAGCUCCUUUAAAGGAUGGCGUUCGGGAUAUGCUAAUAAAGCAUCAUUUAUUUUCAUGGGAUCUAUAAUUCAAAGUUAAAAAUUAUUUAUUAAAUCUUUAAAUAAAUAUCCUAUGAUAAAUGUA